UCUCUCCCCUGCUUCUUUUGCUCAUCUUAAGUGGCAUAAGCAGUGAACCUCUAACCACAGCCAUCAGCCACUUCCUACACGCAAAUCCAUGAGCAGAGCAGCAGGAGAAUCAACACAUCAGCAAGCAUUACUCUCUUGCUGAACAUAAAAAUAGAAGAGGUACUUAUUCCAUAUCCUCUUCUUCCUUCACUCUGAAGUCUCUCCUUCAAAGAUGCCUCUGCUCCCAUACCACUACCCUCUGAAGCUUCUCUUAUCUCAUCUCCUCUCCCUUUCCUAAGCCUUGUAUGCUUCUCUGCACACUUAACACUCCAUUUCUGUCCUCCAUCCUUCGAACUCCAAUGACCACAAGACCAUGUCCAACUAGAAGAUCCGAGAAGAAGAAACCUCAGGAGAUGGACCCUGUUCCUCUGUUACUUGUUACCCUGUUAGCUCUUCUAAGUUCUUGCACUUGCACUACGCUUCAGAGUGAUGCCUUAGCGUUAGCUUCUAUAAGAGAAGGAUUCCAUGGUUCCACCCCAGAACUAGAGAGCUGGAACACUUCCAAUGUGGUCUUCGUCUGCUCGUGGUUCGGAGUCCGGUGCGAGCACGAUCGCGUCGUCGGGAUCGAUAUCUCCGACCUCAACAUUUCCGGCUCCGUUCCGGUCGAGAUCUCUGGCAUCGACUCCCUUGUCAACCUCUCCCUAUCCGGGAACCAUCUCCAAGGUGAGAUCACGGUGGCGAACUUGCCUAGUCUCCGAUACCUCAACAUCUCUUCCAAUCAGUUCAACGGCGGGCUCGAUUGGAACUACACCAGCCUGCCGAGCUUGGAGGUGUUCGACGCCUACGACAACAACUUCACGGCCUCGUUACCGCUCGGCAUCGCAGAUUUGAGGAGGCUCAAGUACCUGGACCUCGGUGGCAACUACUUCACUGGAAGAAUCCCGGCGACCUAUGGAAGCUUAGCUGCUUUAGAGUACCUCUCGCUGAACGGCAAUGAUCUCCGAGGUCGAAUUCCCAGCGAACUGGGCAAUCUCACAGGCCUCAAGCAGCUCUACUUGGGCUACUACAAUGUGUUCGACGGCGGCAUUCCUGUCGAACUCGGGAAGUUGGUCAAUCUAGCCCAUCUCGACCUGUCGAGCUGCGGCCUCGGCGGCGGAAUUCCCCACCAGAUCGGCUACUUGACCAACCUCGACACCCUCUUCCUCCACACCAACGAAUUAUCCGGCCCGCUGCCGCCGUCACUCGGGAACCUCACGAGGCUGGUCUCGCUCGACCUGUCCAACAACGAGCUCACAGGAGAAGUCCCGCAGCAGCUCGCCGCGCUCACCGAGCUGAGCCUCCUCAACCUCUUCAUGAACCGGUUGCACGGGCCGGUGCCGGAGUUCGUCGCUGAGCUGCCCAAACUGGACACUCUCCAGCUCUUCAUGAACAACUUCACCGGCGGCAUACCACAGAAGCUCGGCGCCGGCGGCCACAUCAGCGUGCUCGACAUUUCGUCGAACAGGUUCACCGGUAAGAUCCCCUCAAACCUCUGCCCGUUCAACAGGCUCAAAGUCCUCAUCCUCUUGAGGAACUCCUUUUGUGGUCCCAUCCCUGAGAGCUUAGGCGAGUGUUUGAGCCUAACCAGAGCGAGGCUCGGUCAGAAUUAUCUCAAUGGAAGCAUCCCUUCCGGCCUCCUCUACUUGCCACGGCUCAACCUAUUAGAGCUCCAAGCCAACUACCUCUCCGGUCCAAUCCCAGAGAACUCUGACCCUGACCAGAGUCCGACCGAGUUGGUCCAACUCAACCUCUCAGAUAAUUCACUCACUGGACCUCUUCCCUCCUCGAUUCGCAACCUAUCUUCCGUCCAAACCUUGCUAAUUAGCGGCAAUCGAUUGACCGGUCCGGUCCCCGGUUCGAUCGGCUCGUUGCGCCAUGUGGUCAAGCUCGACCUUAGCCGCAAUGGCCUAUCGGGCUCGAUCCCGCCGGAGGUCGGAGCUUGCCGCCAGCUCACCUACCUCGAUCUGAGCCAGAACAACCUCUCCGGCCCCAUCCCGCCGGAGAUCGCCGGAAUCGGGAUACUGAACUAUCUGAAUCUAUCGCGCAAUGGAUUGAACGGGCCGAUUCCGAGGUCGAUCGCGGCGAUGAGGAGCCUCACCGCCGCCGAUUUCUCCUUCAACGACCUCUCCGGCAGGCUGCCGGACUUGGGGGAGUUGGCUUUCUUGAAUGCCAGCGCCUUCUCCGGCAACCCCAAGCUGUGCGGGCCGGGUUUCGGCAACCCGUGCGACGACGCGGCGGGCGCGGCCCGGUCUGGGCACUCCCAUGGCGAUUAUAAGCUGAUCUUCGCACUGGGGCUUCUGCUGUGCUCGCUCGCGCUCGGGCUCGCGGCAACGGUGCGGGCCCGGUCGCGCCGCGGCGGUACGUGGCGCCUCACCGCGUUCCACGAGGUGGAUUUCGGCGCGUCGGAUGUGCUGGGGUGCAUGAAGGACGCUAACGUGGUGGGGCGUGGCGGUGCCGGGGUGGUGUACCGGGGAAGGACCCGCUCCGGCGGCGCGAUCGCGGUGAAGCGGUUGGCGGCGCUGGGAUCGGACGGCGGGUUCGGCGCCGAGAUCCGGACGCUGGGGAGCGUCCGCCACCGGAACAUCGUCCGGCUGCUCGCCGUCUGCUCCGACUCUGCCACCAACGUGCUGGUGUACGAGUACAUGACCAACGGGAGCUUGGGGGAGGCGCUGCACGGGAAGGGCGGCGGGCACCUGAGCUGGGGCCGUCGGUACAGGAUAGCGGUGGCAGCGGCCAGGGGCUUAUGUUACCUCCACCACGACUGCAGUCCGAUGAUAGUGCACCGCGACGUGAAGUCCAGCAACAUCCUGCUCGACGCGAAGUUUGAGGCACACGUGGCGGAUUUCGGGCUAGCCAGAUUCUUGCAGGACGACAAUGGUGGGUCCGAGUGCAUGUCUGCCAUCGCUGGGUCCUACGGAUACAUCGCCCCGGAGUAUGCCUACACUCUCAAGGUGGACGAGAAAAGCGAUGUCUACAGCUUCGGGGUGGUGCUCCUGGAGCUCAUCACCGGCCGGCGCCCGGUCGGGGACUUUGGGGACGGCGUCGACAUAGUUCAGUGGGUCAAGAGGGCCACCGCCUGCAGAAGAGAGAACGCCGCAAGCAUCGUGGACUGCAGGCUGAGCAGUGUGCCGACGGAUGAAGUCAUGCAUGUCUUCUUCGUCUCGAUGCUGUGCGUCCAAGAGAACAGCGUGGAGAGGCCAACCAUGAGGGAGGUGGUGCAGAUGCUCUCCGAGUUCCCUCACCACGUUACGGACGACCAAUGUCCACUCCCAUCAUCUCCUCCUCCUCCUCCUCCUGGAGAAGACGGGAGCGGAGCCGACAAGGAGGCCACAAGCUACGAGCUCUGUCCUGAUCUCUUGACCCAAUGCAAGCUAUUUCCUCAGAAUUGAAUGGAAUUUGGCAAGGAAAGGCUUGGAAUAACGGUGCUUUUUUCCCAGUUCAACAUGUGUACAGGGUUUUGCUGGAUGCAGAGUAAGCAUGACAGCAUCGUCACGCAGCUCUAUUCGGGUCCAUGUACAAUACAGUCUUCCAUGAUAGCAUUUGGCUUUUGUAAUC